AUGGAAGAUAACUUUACCAAGUGGGUUGAGUGCAUUCCGCUCCCGUCUCAAACAGCGGAGGUCACGGCCAGGUCAGCCAUCAAUGAUUUCUUUUCGCGAUUUGGCUAUCCCUAUGAAAUUUUUACAGAUCAGGGCCGUAAUUUUGAAAGUGAGCUUUUCUGUAAAAUCUGUACAAUGUUGGGUAUUCAUAAGGCCCGGACCACGCCAUACAGACCUUCCGGGAAUGGCCAAGUAGAAUGGUACAACCGCACCUUAAUGGAUGCGGUCCGCUGCUACAUUGAUGGUCAGCCCAAGACAUGCGAUAGGUUUUUGGGUCCACUGGCUGGGGCAUUGCGGUCGGCGGUAAAUCGCCACACCGGAUAUACUCCAAAUCGUCUAAUGCUGUGUAGAGAAGUUAACAUACCAGCAACCUUGAUGUUUUUUCCACCCCCUUCGGAGUCUUUUCAAAAUGGGGAGGAGGGUGAGGUUGACAGGUAUGUACGUGAUCUAGAACAGAACGUGCAGAGCGCGCAUGACAUUGCCCGCAAGAAACUGAAGGUCGCGCAAAAGGCAAUGAAAAGGUCGCACGACAUUGAGAUCCGUACCCACAAGUUCAAGGUCGGAGAUUUGGUGUAG